AUGGUGGACGACUCAAACUGGCUUCAGCCUGUACUUGGAUCUUAUCAGGCUGAAGCAGUCGCCCAAUCCUUAGCCCGCGCACAGGAAUUUGAUCUGAUACCGGUUGAGGAGAAAGAAAGGAGGCCUUCCUCAUGGACUAUCCGUGCAAUCAUCCGACCUGAAGAGCCAUUGUAUGCACUUGUCGUGCAUCAUACCAUUACCUCAAUGUGCAAAGGGGAGGUUGCUUGCUGGACAUAUAUAUCACAAGGAAUGGAACGAGUCGGGCAGAAGGAGGUAGUAUUUACCGUCUCGCGGAACACAGAAAGCGAAAGAAAGAAAGAUUUUCCUAACGAUCCACUUCGUUGGAUUGAAAUCGUCUACUCCAUGGCAAAGGGAGGUUGCUGUGUAGGAGAGUUCGAGCAUACAGAUUUCCAGGUUGCCGAAUUUCUUGGUCGCUCCGAUGUGAAUUGGAUCGUGUACUGUCCUGCCUGCCCUAUUCCGAACGUGGACGACUUCUUACUACCACAAGAUUACCUUCAAGCUAUACCCCUUCUCGUUGCAGAAGCAGAAGUUGCUGAAAAAUACGGCUUGAUGAGAACGCUUGGUCACCUGGGUGCCUCAGAGAGGUGGUUCCCUUGGCCACCCUGGUUUGAUCGCUAUCGCAAACCAUGCAUUACUGCGGCCCAAAUGCAGGGGUCGAUCAAGGAAGAGAUGGAAUUCCAGCACAUCAAAGGACUCAGCUGCAUUAAGAAGGGCUCUAAUAUCAUCCUCCGUGUGCCAAAGAAGUCAGAACCUUUGCUUGUGGAAGCAUUACUUAGGCACAGCCCUGAUCAGGCAUUUCCACUAAACACGGUACAUCACAUCAACUCAGAUUCUGGCUUGCUAUGGGAUAAUCGAGAUCCACAGCCACGGGGAUAUUCCGCUGGGAAUUCAAACGAAUGCAUGAACUUGAAUUACUUCGCCUUUUGCCCCGGUCAUGAUGUAGACGAGCUGGUGCUAAUUGAAGAUGGAUACAUGUCAGAUGAGACCUGGCUUAAGAUUCGCAGCUGCAUUAAAAACAUGAGACCAUGUCAUAUCUCCCUUCCUGAACUUCAAUUCUUGCUUCGACUAGAAAAGCCUUCUGUCCCAGGGUACCAAAACUAA